AUGGCCUUGCCUCAAUAUAUCCAUCAUGGAUUCCUAGUUAAACUCUGUCCACAAAAGCAAAAUUUAAUGGAUGGAUUUGAUCAAACACGGAUGCCAAUUCGCAACGUUAUGAAGCAUUUGAAAACGUGUUGUACAAGCUGGUGCAGUAGCCGCUAUAGCUGUGGAGCCUUUUUAAUUAUCCCGAUUGAAAGGUGUUUACCUGUUCACACAGUGGAAACAAAGUUGACCGUUUUGUUUUUUUUCAUUCCAUGGGCAACUACUUACAGACCUCCAAGGCUUGUAAUUCGAUUCAUACAAUAUCUUGAAAUCACCAGACUUGACUUUUGUGGACUUUCCAGUGGCAAUUUAUAG